UAAAGGAGCUGGAUUGUAUCUAGUUAUUAAGAGUUCCACCCUUCUUGUGGUUCUUACCAAGCAAGGUUCUGGUCACCAGACUGGAAUGAUAUUCUCCACCCAAUACUGGUUUUCAGUUUCAUUGAGAAAUUGAUUGUUUAAUAUUUAUUGAGGCCUCUGUACUAUUCCAGAACAAAGAUGAGAUAAUCAUCUUUCAGCAUGAUGUCUUUAUAAAAAGUUAUAAAAUGGGAUAUUUCUUUUUGAAUCUGUCUUUAUACCUAAGUCCUCCUGAACUCAUAAGUGAGAUAAGGAUGAGAAUGCUCAGUCUGUUUCACUGGCUGAACCAGAGAAAGGUGGAAUUUGUACAUUUUUCUGGAGGAAAGUAAAUAAUUUUUUUUCUUAGUACAAGCAGUGGUUGGGUAGGGAAAGGAUGGGAAUCUGUUAAGAGGAGACUUGCUUGAGAAAGGCAUCUUAGGGACUCCAUGGCAAAUAGCCCCUCACAGACAUGGUUUCUACCCUUGGAUGGAUUUGGGGAUGGUGCCUUGAGGGUUGAACUCUUGUUCCAAACCCUGUCCUCCAGAGAGUGGGCAGGGAUGGGUUUCAUUUCAGAAGGCAAAUCAGAUGUGUGGCCCUUGGGGUUCCUAGAUGGCUCACCAUGCUUAGGGCUAAUGCUUAGUAAAACCAGAGGGAGGCCAAGUUCUCACCCUUAGUAGCUCCAUUCUGCCCCUUCCUGCCCCUUGACACUUUCCAGGCUGGCCCUUGAUGGCCAUUUAUUGCCUCCAAGUGUCCAGGCAGCUCUUAGAAAAGACUCCAACCUCAGUGGUUUUCUCCUCUGUAAAUUAAACACAUGCUGCUCAUCUCCAAAGGGCAUCAGCAUAGACAACUUAGCAAUAGACUUAUAGCAAUAGAAUGGAAUAGUAGGAAUCACUGAGCUGGAGAGGAAGUAUCCUUGGUUGGAGGGGUGGGUAAGCCCUUUCCUUGCCUUUGAAAUAAUGUCUAUGGUGGAGUAUGUCUGUAGUCCCAGCACUUGGGAAGCUGAGGAAGAAUGGCGAAUUCAGGACCAACCUGGGCUAUGUAGUGAAUGCCUGUCCCCCAAAUCCAAAAACAAACAGCAUCUCAGCACUGCCUAUUAUUCUAAAUGCAUCCUGGCUCCUUGCUUUCUGGAAGCUAAAGGUUUCCCAAAGUGAAGAGAACCCCAUUCUCUGCUCUAAUCUGCUGCCUUCUCUGGACUGUGGAUUUGAUGAAGGCCAUGGUUGCACCCACAGAGACUCAAUCCUCCAUUCCAGCCACCAGCAUCACCCUCAGGGAAAGAGCAGAGAGAAGGGAAAUAUGAAAUGGAGCUCUCACUCCUCAGGACUAUGUAUCCGUACCCCUACCCCUUUUUAGACUGUUUCUGCAGAGUUGGUGCAGCUUCUUAAACUCAUGGGCUUUGUCAAGAUCUCUGUGAGAACAAGUUGCAGGGGACUUGUACCCUGGGCUGAUGUUCCUGCCAUCAGGGUCAGGAGAGGUUGUUAGGUCUCUGAUCCCACUGAACCUAUGGCAGUUACACCAGACCCUCUCUGUGAACCUUCCCACUCCAGUUCUUGCAUUUCUUGUCUGCAGCUAGUGUGUCCCUCCCUGGGAGGAGGAUCUUGCCUGAGGACAGAUGAAGGGUGGGGAACCUUCCUCCUCCCUUUGCUCUAAUUGCAGAAAAGGAGGGGGUUCCCCUACCCAAGAAAGACUGCCUUAUAGGUCUGCCCUCUGACAGAUGCUGCUUCAGAUCUCAGUGGCCUCCUUGAGCUCUGGACCGUGAGCCUUGGGGACAAUAGGUUGAUACCCAUUUGGCAGCAAGCUCAGAAGCUCCACAAGGUUCAGGGGACAAAACCAUGGCCAAGGAGCUGUCUCAAGAGCAGGUGGCUGCAUUCAAGACAGCCUUUGAAGAGGCUGACUUGAAUAAAGAUGGCAAGAUCAGCAUCCAGGAGCUGCGUGAGGUGAUGAAGAAACUGGGCAAGAACCUCUCAGAGGAAGAGCUGAAAUUACUCAUGGACAGCGUGGACAAGGAUGGUGACGGUGCCAUUAGCUUCCAGGAGUUCCUGGAUGCGAUGAAAAAGCAGAUGAAGGCCCUGAGCAGUGAGGAGAUGAGAGCCGCCUUCCAUGCCUUUGAUAUGAAUGGUGAUGGUCACAUCAGUGUGGAAGAGCUCAAACAGACCAUGACCAAGCUGGGGGUGGAUCUUUCUCAGGACGAGCUGGACACCAUGAUCCAACAGGCUGAUGUGGACAAGGAUGGGAAGGUGAACUAUGAAGAGUUCAUGAAGGUCCUCAGCCAGAAGUGAGGCUUUACCUUGUCCCUGUCUGCCUGACUUUGGCCUGCCAGGUUCUGGUGCCUUCUCAGGGACCCUGCUUUUGUGGUGGGUCUAUAGAUGGAAAAUCCGGUUUGGUGGAUGGGAAAUUACCUCAUGGAUGAGGAAGACUUUGCUCUCUUGGGCCUGGAAGCUGGGUGGUCUGGGGCUGCUAAUGAGACCCUCUCUGCCUACUGAUUCCCUGGGUGAAAGGCAGCCUCCUUAGUCUGGUCCCUCCUCUUUUUCCCACAGUGUGAUGGGUGCUCCUUACCUCACAGGGAUGUUGUGAUGAUCUAAAUAAAAGGAAUGCAAAGCC